AAAAUUUGUAGAAAAUAAUGAAGAUGGUCUCAAAAUCCAUCAUCUUUUACAUAAUCUUGUUUUCUGUCAAUAUUAAGGCACAAGAUUAUGAUGGUAAAUUACCACCUGCAGAAAAUAACUGCAAUGGUAUUUUUUUAUCCUAUGUAUUCAUCUCUAGGACGAAAGAACUUCCGCAUGUAAAGAAUGCAACUGCACAAGCUUGGGCCUUUAAGGCUACAGCAACAGUACUUAAUGCAGGUAUAUAUGAGCUCAAGAACUGGAAAAUCUUCAUUGGGUUUCAAAAUCGCGAACUUUUAGUCUCAGCUAGUAAUGCUGUUUUAUUAAGUGGUGAUGAUUUUCCUGCUCCUGUUGGAAAUGGAACUUACCUAGCUGGCUAUCCUCAGGCAGAUUUGAAAACGUCGAUUGAUACUGCUGGUGAUGUUAAGAAGAUUCAAGCAGAGAUUGAGUUAACAGGUACACAAUUUGGAAUCAAGCCACCAGGUUAUCCCAUGCCUAAAACUAUUAAACUUUUCAAUGAUGGAUACAAAUGUCCAGCAGCGAAACGCAAAGCAACAAAAAUGCAUGUCUGCUGCGUGAAAGAUCCAAAAUUUAAGGUUAAAAAUUUCACAACCAAGUAUUUCCCACGGCAAAAUGGUGAUCUUUUGAUCUCUUAUGAUGUUAUGCAAGCCUAUCCGAAUAACUAUCAAGCACAAGUGACCAUACAAAAUAGUAAUCCUUUGGGACGCCUUGAUCAGUGGAAUUUAACUUGGGAAUGGAUGAGAGGGGAGUUCAUAUACUCGAUGAGGGGUGCAUACACUCGCAAGAAAGACUAUUCAAAUUGUGUCUAUGGUGCUGCAGGACAGUACUAUAAAGACUUUGAUUUUUCUAAAGUCUUGAAUUGUGAAAAGAAGCCUACUAUAGCUGAUUUGCCUCGAGAAAGAGCUCAAGAUAAAGAUGUAGGUAUGUUGCCAUUCUGCUGCAGGAAUGGUAGCAUCAUGCCCACUGUAAUGAAUGCAACCAAUUCAAAGUCUGUGUUUCAGUUACAAGUCUAUAAGCUUCCACCAGAUUUGAAUCUAACAGCUCUCUACCCUCCCGAAAGAUGGAAAAUUGUCGGUCUACUUAAUCCGGAUUACAAAUGUGGACAAGCCUUAAGAGUAGAUGAAGCACAGUUUUUAGAUCCAACUGGACUUCAUGCUACUGUAAUAGCUAUUGCAAGUUGGCAAAUAGUCUGCAAUAUCACAAAGCCAAAAGAUAGAGCGAAUCGAUGCUGUGUUUCAUACAGUGCCUAUUACAAUGAUUCUGCAAUCCCCUGCAACACUUGUGCAUGUGGUUGUGACAAUUCUGUCAAAUGUAGUCAAAAUGCACCAGGACUGCUUCUUCCUCCAGAAGCACUUCUGGUGCCAUUCGCAAACAGAAGAGAGAAAUCCUUGUAUUGGGCUAAACUAAAGCACUAUCAUGUCCCUAAGCAGUUACCUUGUGGCGACAAGUGUGGGGUUACCAUAAACUGGCAUAUCGAUUCAAACUACAAAUCAGGGUGGACUGCUCGGAUUACUCUAUUCAAUUGGGGAGCAGUUAAUUUCGUGGACUGGUUCGUUGGCAUCCAGUUCAAGAAAACAGGUUCAGGAUUUGCACAAGCUUUUUCUUUCAAUGGAACUUUGCUUCGAAACAUAAAUGACACAAUUUUCUUGAAAGGACUACCUGGUUUAAAUUACUUGAUGGCAGAAGCUGAUGGACCAAAACCUGGAGACCCUAGAGUACCCGGAAAGCAACAAUCUGUCCUUAGAUUUAAUAAGAAACACUUAAAAGGUAUUGAUAUAUUAAAGGGGGAUGGAUUUCCAACAAAGUUGCUAUUCAAUGGGGAAGAAUGUGCACUUCCCACACAUCUUUUAGCAGCAGAUGGAAGAAAAUGGCGUGCAAAAUCUUGGGUAAUCGCCAUCAUAACGUUGUUAACCUUCUUGCUGAUGCUAAAAGACCUUCAAUGAUUGAAAGGUGAUCAUGUUUUUGGCUUGUACAUUUCAAGUAAAUGGAAGGAGAUUCUCAAGUGAAACAUAU